GGCUUCGCUUCGGCUUCGCCCGGCUGCACUUCGGCAAUUUCCGGCCACCGGACUUGACUCUCCGCCCCGCAAUCAUUCCUGCGUUGUUUUGGGGACAGUAGCAAGAUGGCGGCGACCCCGCUGUACUGUGUCUGCCGGCAGCCUUACGACGUGAGCCGGUUUAUGAUCGAGUGCGACAUCUGCAAGGACUGGUUCCACGGCAGCUGCGUGCACGUGGAGGAGCACCAUGCUGCUGAUAUCGACGUUUACCACUGUCCCAACUGUGACGUCCUGCACGGACCCUCCCUGAUGAAAAGACGGAACAACUGGCACCGCCACGAUUACACGGAGCCCAACGACGGAGGCAGGCCGGUGCAAGCCGGCACGCCCGUCUUUGUCAAGGAGCUGCAGAGCAGGACCUUCCCCAGCUGCGAGGAGGUGGUGAUGCGCAUGCGCGGCCAGCAGGUGACGCCCAAGUACCUGGAGCGCUCGGGCUUCCGCCACCCCAUCGCCGUCACUGAGAUGGAGGGCCUGGGCCUCAAGCUGCCGCCGCCCACCUUCGGUGUGCGAGACGUGGAGCAGUACGUGGGCGGCGACAAAGUGAUCGACGUGAUCGACGUGGCGCGGCAGGCCGACACCAAGAUGAAGCUCAGCCAGUUCAUCAAGUAUUUCACCGGCCCGCACCGGCCCAAAGUGCUCAACCUCAUCAGCCUGGAGUUCUCCGACACCAAGAUGUCCAAGCUGGUGGAGGUGCCCGACGUCGCUCAGAAGAUGUCCUGGGUGGAGAACUACUGGCCAGAUGACUCGUUCUUCCCCAAGCCCUUUGUGCAGAAGUACUGCCUGAUGGGCGUCAAGGACAGCUACACGGACUUCCACAUCGACUUUGGCGGCACCUCCGUGUGGUACCACGUCCUCUGGGGCGAGAAGAUCUUCUACCUGAUCAGGCCCACGCCCGCCAACCUGGCGCUGUACGAGGCCUGGAGCUCCUCGCCCAAUCAGAGCGAGGUCUUCUUCGGGGACAAAGUGGAUAAGUGCUACAAGUGCGUGGUGUCGCAGGGAACCACGCUCCUCAUCCCCACAGGCUGGAUCCACGCUGUCCUGACGUCUCAGGAUUGCAUGGCGUUUGGCGGCAACUUCCUGCACAACCUCAACAUUGGCAUGCAGCUCAGGUGUUACGAAAUGGAGCGUCGUCUGAAAACGCCGGACCUCUUCAAGUUUCCCUACUUUGAGGCCAUCUGUUGGUAUGUGGCCAAGAAUCUUCUGGAAACGCUCAAAGAGCUCCGAGAAGACGCGUGUCCACCUCCGACGUACCUAACGGAGGGCGUGAAGGCCUUAAUCUGUGCACUCAAGACCUGGUUGAAGAGAGAGGUGACUCAGCCCAACAGCGAGGUCCCCGACAACAUCAAGCCGCAUCAUCUCAUCAAGGAGCUCACCAAGGAAAUCCGACACCUGGAGGAGGAUCCGAGCAACGGGGGAGGCGCGGGCGUCAAGCCGCUCAAAUCUCAGGGAAGCGUCUGCGGAGGAUCCAACGGCUGCCCGUCCACUCGCACCACCCUGGAGCGUCUGUGCCAAGCGCGGCAAGCCAGGCGCGCCGCCCGCCGCCUGCAGGAGCAGCAGCAGCGGCAGGCGACCCGGACGUCCUCCAACCUGGACAUCCUGGAGAGACACACCAGGGAGGUGCUGAGGAGGCUGGAGGUGGGCCCCCUGGAGCAUGAUCCGGCGUUCUGCGCCAAAGUUCGUGGGAAGCUCAACAAGGCCUCGACGGCUUCGGCCGCCGCCGCCGAGUCCCUGGAGGAGAACCACCUCAGACUCAUGCUGGUCAACGGCAGGAUCAUUCGGGAUAUGAGGCGGCCGAUGGCGUGCCCGAUCAAAACGGAGUCCGCCGACACCGCCGUCAACAAGAGCACCGACGUCAAGUCAGAGCGGAUGAAUCGAUGGCCGCACGCCGACGCUCACAAAAUCAUUGCGAGUGUGGAGAGAGUGAAGACCGAACUCAGGGAAGAAGCAUCGGGACACUCGUCAUCGUCAGACGACGAUUCGGACAGCGAUGCCCCCACGCAGCGCAAAGUGUCUCCGCUCUCGUCCUCUUCCGACGAGGAUUCUGAGGAAGAGGAGCAAAGGCAGAAAGGACACACCAUCGAGCUGGACCCGUCUCGCCGGAAGCCACUCAAACGAGAACGCCCUACCUCACCCAGCACGGAAGAAGCCAUUCAGGGGAUGUUGUCCAUGGCCGGCCUGCUGUGCCCCGCCAUGCCGGAGAAGGCGUCGUCGCCUCCAGAGCCCUGGUGGUCCUCCGGUCCUGCGGAGCAGCGGGGCCCGGCGCCCCACCAGCAGGGGGACGCCAGUCCCAUGGACAGCCAAGGCAACAGCAGCGAGGCCUGGGACAAUCAGGGCCUGACCAGCCCGGAGCACGACUACCAGUACUGUGACCCCGACAUGUCGCCGCCCCUGCACCCCUCCAAGAGACACGCCCCCAACCCCCCGCCCAUCAGCAAUCAAGCCACAAAAGGCAAGCGUCCCAAAAAAGGCAUGGCCACCGCCAAGCAGAGACUGGGCAAGAUUUUGAAAAUUAACAGACACAGUCGUGUUUUUGUCUGAGGAAAAGGAAAGAAAACAAGACGCUUUUUAUUUUUAUUAAUAUUCGGACACUCUUGUGCUUUUUGGAAAUGAGACGACGUAAAGAGGACGGACGGACAAAAGGGGUCAUGCGCCACUUCACACUACAAGCACACUAACGAUGAAACAAAAUGGAGGAAGGGAGCGAGUGCGGGCAUUAAAAUGGAGAACGACAAUGAGGUUUACCAAACAACUUUUGAUGCAUAGUCUUGCUUUUUUUGGGGAGCGGCAGAUUUCAAAAAUGGUGCUCAUGCUUUCUAAGACUCACCAGCAAUAAAGACUUAAAGGGUGGCAGCUUUUUUUUCCCACCUUUUUCCAAUUUUCUUUGCUUUUUCUACACGUUUAUUGCUGCCCCCUGUUGGUUUGAAUAGGAAUCUUUACCCCCAAACUCAUGGAUAUUCUGCUUAAUUUAUUUCUCCUUUUAUCUGAGAUUUUCUUUUGUUAUUUUGGUGUAUUUAUUAACGAAGAGAUACAAUUUUAUUAUAUUUUGGACGUCCUUUGUUUGUUUUUCUGUAAAUGUGGUGUGUUUGCAUUGGUGUGCCUGUCAACUGAUUUACUAAUUGUUAAUUCUUCUCUCCGUAGCUGGUGUUUUUAUUUUGUCCUUGGUGGUUUCCUUGGCUGUGUGCGACUAGAACGGGUCCCCCCCCCCCCCCUCCCCUUUUUUACUUUUCAUCCUCAAUCCACUCGUGCCACUUAGUAUUCUGAGCCACUGUGGUGCCGGGAGGUUGCGAGGAGCUGAAAAUAGUGCAGAAUUUUGCAGUUGUUGACUCUCAGGGAAUGAUGCCAUGAACAGAACCUUUGAUAAAAGCACCAGCCACGUCACAGAUGCAGAUGUUUUCACCUUCUCCUGUUGUUUUAGCUUCCUGCUCGUUGCCCGCUUUCAAAACACACUGCUCAGUGUUAUGGAGUCAUCCGAAAAAGAUGCCAAGUAGCUUUAAGCUCUGCUCAGGUUGACGUGCACACGACUCACGAGUGACUGUCAUCACUCGUAUUUGCAGUUGCUCACGUAGCCUCCGCUGCCACUUUCCUUCCCAUCCCGUCUUUUUUUUUUCUUUUUUGUUCCCCUCUCUUUUGCAUUUGUGUUCAAGUGUGUUGGUCUCCCCAAUUGCUUACAUUCUGAACAACAUGAUACAAACACUGGCAAGCUCAGACACUGUUGAUGCAUUUUUGUUUCUGCGUUUCAAAAAAGUGUGUAAAUAAAAUGAGGAAAGUGAAAA